AUCGAGGAAUUGCAUGCCGACACCCAGGAAGAGACUCUGGCAGACAGAGUGACUCCUCACCACCAACGAAUGUGCCAGCAACCCUUGCCUCAAUGGCGGUACCUGUGUCGACAUGUUCAGCGGCUACUUCUGCAGAUGUCCCGCCAACUGGCAGGGCCCCCGCUGUACACAAGACGUGAACGAGUGUAGCGCCUAUGCCGGAACAGACAUGGGUUGCCAGAAUGGCGCCACUUGUGUCAACACUCCUGGCAGCUUCCGGUGCAUGUGUGCGACUAACUGGUACGGCAUUCACUGCAGUGAGAGACACGAUGACUGCACGGGCGCAUCUCACUCUGAGCUAUGUGGGCAUGGAACUUGUGUUAAUGAGGCUAGAGUCUCGCCUGGCAUGGUUAGUGUGUGUCUUCGGGUGGUUUGCAUCAACUGUCGGGGAUCGAGGACGUGUGGCCCUUGUCCCUCAGGUUACCAAGGCGACGGUGUGACGUGUACGUACGUGGGUCAGUGCAGUAGCAACAAUGGUGGAUGUCAUCCUUUGGCCACUUGCCUGGAGUCUGGUGGUUUCGGCGUGUCCUGUCAAUGUCCAAACGGCUACAUAGGGUCAGGAGUUGGCCCACAGGGCUGUGCUAGCCAGAGCCAGAACAGCACUGGAUGUAACAGCAACCCUUGUAUGAACGGAGGCUCUUGUGUGUGCGGUGGGCGUCUAUCUGGCAACAGCCAUGGCGAGAUCAGCAGUCCCGGUUACCCUGGCAACUACCCACACAACCGCGACUGUGUCUGGGUGGUGUCCGUUGACCCCGGCUCAAACAUCAUGUUCACCUUCGCCACCCUCGCCCUCGAGUCGCACGCCAACUGCAGCUACGACUUUUUGCAGCCCCAACCUCUCAUCUCGUCCUCCUCUUUCCUCCCUCACCGCUCUCUCUCUCUCCUCCUUCCAGCCUGCGGAGGAACAUUCUCAGGCACUGAGGGCACCAUCCGCUCCCCGGACUACCCCAAUGCCUACCGCCACUCCGCCGACUGUGGCUACCUGAUCACUGUGGCGGAAGGUUCCAGAGUCCUGCUCACCUUCACCGACUUCAGUCUGGAGGAGGAGGACGACUGCGACUUUGACUAUGUCGAGGUGUAUGACGGAACUAAUGCGGAUGCAUCCCGGAUCGGCGACCGACUGUGUGGGGAGAACCGACCAUCGGAGAUCCGAGCCACGGGCAAUGCCAUGUUCCUCCGCUUUGUCACCGACUCUUCCAUCAGUGACCGGGGAUUCCAGGCUACUUACAGCGCGUUUGAGGGAGGCUGUGGCGAAGUCAUCAAUGCUAACGCUGGAGUAGUGAGCAGCCCUGGUCACCCCAGCUUCUACCCGCACGGCCUCAACUGCACGUGGUACAUCACGGUGGACCCCGGAUACAUCGUACGUCUGUCCUUCCACAUGUUCAGCCUGGAGAACGGAUGUAGCUUCGACUUUGUUGAGGUCUACGAUAACUCUACGAUGUAUAUACCCAGCAGACUGGGCCGAUACUGCGGCUCCACCUUCCCUCGCUUCCUGACCUCCACCGAGAACGAGAUGGUCAUCCACAUGCGCACAGACGGCAGUGUGGCCAGGGAAGGCUUCUCUGCCUCUUUCGCAGCCCUCAACGCUUCCGCACGUAAUUAUGAUAAUAAUAAUAAUAAAAAUGAUAAUUCACACAGCAGUUGUAACUUUGACUUUUUGGAGAUCCGUGAAGAUGGCCCCUCUGGUCGGGUCCUGGGCAAGUUGUGCGGCUCCACCAUGCAUAACCCGAUCACCUCCACAAGUAAUCGCAUUUGGAUGCAGUACCGGACGGAUUACUCUGUCUCCGGCCGUGGAUUCAGGCUGCAGUACUAUACCAACUGUAACAACGAGCUGACGGGUAACCGGGGUGUGAUAGAGAGCCCCAGCUUCCCCAACCCGUACCCGCACCAGGCCAACUGUACCUGGACGGUGCGUUCGACACGCGGGAACAAGAUCAACGUCACAUUCGCCGCUUUCAACCUAGAGAGUCACACACUGUGUAAUUUUGAUAGGCUGCAGGUGGGUUGUGUUUACGGAGCGACCCCGACCUCCACCGUGCUGGGCAACUACUGCGGCGCCACCAUCCCCGCCCCCUUCCAGUCCUCCGGCAACGCCCUCUGGUUCAACUUCAACUCCGACCUUUCUAUCGCCUACCACGGCUUCCGCAUGGAAUGGGUGGUCGACGGGGUGUUCUGACCGGCAUGCAGGGCACCUUCACAACGCCCAACUACCCCCAGCAGUACAACAACUACCAGGAGUGCCACUGGACCAUUACCGUGCCAACGGGCUACGCUAUCGAGCUCACCUUCACCGACUUUAAUCUGGAGUUCCAUUCUACGUGUGCUUAUGAUGGUGUGGAGGUUUUCGCAGGAAUCGACAGCCAGGGCCCACGUCUGACCCAACUGUGUCACACAACGAUCACGAACCAGACCAUGCGCUCCACCGGAAACAACAUGUUUGUCAAGUUCCGCACGGAUAUGUCCGUGACUGGUACCGGAUUCUCUGCAAAUUACAGGGCUAUUGAGGGCGGUUGUGGCGGUAACUUCUCGGUGCCCUCAGCGGUCAUCCAGUCGGCUAACUACCCCGACAACUACCCUCACAACACAGAGUGUGAGUGGUACAUAACAGUGGCCGAGGGCCAUGUGGUCAACCUCACUUUCACAGACUUUGAGCUGGAGGAUGGGAGCUGUCAGUUUGAUUAUGUUAAUCUCUACGACGGACACACGACAAACAACACUCUGCUGGUCUCACUAUGCGACAUCUCCUUGCCCUCCCCACCCUCCUACAUCUCCAACAAUAACCGAAUGCUUGUGAGGAUGCGAACUGACUCCUCUGUGAGUCACAAGGGAUUCUCUGCCAUCUACACCACCACAUGUGGUGGGGAGUUCAUCGCCCCGUCUGGCAGCUUCAUCAGCCCCAGCUACCCAAACAGUUACCCGAUGAGCGUGGAGUGUGUCUGGCAGAUCAGAACUUCACCAGGGAACUCUGUCUCUCUCUCCUUCCCGUUCUUCUCUCUGGAGCCUAACGGUGGUUACAACGGCGACUACGUGGAGAUCCGAUCCCCCAAUGCUUCCGGAACACUAAUGGGCCGCUGGACAGGAAGUGACGGGCCAGACAACGUAACUUCUGUCCACGGUGCCUGGAUCAUAUUCCGGUCAGACGAGCAGACGCCAGGCCAAGGGUUUACGGCCACCUGGACUCUGAGCUCUGGCUGUGACUACGAGUAUGUGGCCACGGAAGAGUACCAGAACUUUACCACCCCCAACUACCCUGACAACUACGAGAACGGAAUGCGAUGCAGCUACCGAAUCCGGUCCCCUGAGGGCACAACCAUCUUGAUCAACAUCACAGAUAUGAUUCUGGAGGGGUCGCCCUAUAGCUGCUCUUACGAUUACCUCCGGUUUUACGAUGGUUGCGGAGGAAGGUUCACUCGCAACACCCCGCGUGGCAUCAUCAAGUCCCCGGGCUACCCACAGAACUACCCGGCAGACCAGGAAUGUACCUGGCGAGUCAACGUGAGACCGGGCAAGACCAUCGCGGUCAACUUUGCCACCCCCUUCAACAUCGCAGACACCGACAACUGCAACAAUGAUUAUCUUCUGCUGCUGAAUGGUAGGUCUCUCACCUCCCCACCCCUCUACAACAACAGUGCCAACUACACCGGGCGUCUGUGUGGUUCUGUUCGACCCAGCAACAUAGAGACAGACGCCAACAACCUCUUUGUCAAAUUCGUCGCUGACCAGAGCGGGUCCGGUGCUGGGUUUUCGUUGAACUUCACCGAGAGAUCUGUUGCUUGUGGUGGCACGCUGUCUCUCACACGAACCAUGAGUGAAGGAUUUUUCACUUCGCCGAACUACCCCGAGGUGUACCCGCACAAUGUGGACUGCCUGUGGGUGAUUCUGUCGCCCGCCAACACCAGAAUCCGGCUCGACUUCGUGGGGAAUUUCAGCAUCGAGAAUCAUCCCGACCCGGUUCAGAACUGAUGACAGCAUCCCUCGCCAGGGAUUCAGGAUUCGUUAUUCUAUCGACACCUGUGGCGGUAACCUGGUUGCUUCGAGCGGUCAACUGACCAGCCCCAACUUCCCGAGUCACUAUGGCAACAACCUGGACUGCGAGUGGACGAUCCGCGGCCCUGUGGGUCACUUCCUGCAGUUCAACUUCACGCAGUUCAGCGUGGAGAGAGCCGUCAACUGCUCCAAGGACGUGGUGGAGAUCAGAGACGGGAACGCAACGUCCAAUGUGCUCUUUUCCAACUGCGGAAUCCGGCAAACAUACCCACCUGUAGAGACCUCGGACAACACAGCCUACAUCCGCUUCCACACCGACGACAGCGGAAUCCGCAAUGGGUUCAGGCUGCUUUUCCAGGCCAGCGUGGAAGAAUGCGGUGGAAACUUAAACAGCCCCAGCGGAGUGCUGACGUCACCAAACUUCCCCAACCCGUACGCCCACCGACGUCUGUGUCGCUGGAGGAUCACCGUGCCCGAAGGUCGCCGAGUGACCUUGACCUUCACCGACUUUGAGCUGGAGAGAAUUUCUGGACGCUUCUGCAGAUGGGACUUUGUCAUGAGUGUGGAGGAUACAUCGACACGGCCCCUGGCAACUUCAGCUCCCCAGGCUUCCCGUCUGCCAAUUACACGCACAGUCUCAACUGUGUGUGGCGCAUACACAACCCUAACAUUCGUAACUCUUCCCUCCUGCUCAGACUAGCCGCGCUCAAUUUGGAGUUCCACGCCGCUUGCGCUUACGACUAUCUCGAGAUCCGGGAAGGCCCCUUGGUGAACUCCCCCGUCAUCAAACGUUUCUGCGGAAAUUCCUCGGGUGACGAGUCCAUCGUGAUCCCUGGCGCUGAUGCCUACGUCCUGUUCCGCACGGACGGCUCCAUAGCCCUGAGGGGUUUCUGGCUGAUGCAUCAAUUCACUCAGUGCGGAGGAGUGCUCACAAGUCAGACGGGCGUCAUCACUAGUCCCAACUACCCCAACAACUACGACCACAACGACGCCUGUUCUUGGUUGAUUAGUCUACCGGAGGGCAGUCGUGUGAGGAUAAACUUCGAUGACUUCCAAUUCGAGAACCACACGGACUGCCAAUACGACUAUCUACAAAUCCAAAAUGGCGGCCUGCCAGACUCGCCCCAGAUUGGUCAGUUCUGCGGUAACAGCCUGCCUCCAGAAAUUUUCUCUCAGGGCAACCAAGUGCGCAUCACCAUGCGAACUGACUUCUCGCUCAGCGCAAGAGGUUUCCGUCUCCGAUAUGCAGCCGAUACUGGAGGAUGUGGAGGAAUGUACCACAGCAAUGAGGGAUACAUCGCCUCACCCAACUACCCAUCCAGUUAUCCUCACAACACUGAGAUUUACUCACUUCGACUUGGAGCGACAUUCUAGAUGUGGCUUUGACUCCGUGGAGGUAUUUGACGGACCCAACGCCACCUCUCCCUCCCUGGGCCGCUUCUGUGGCGACGCUAGCACUCUGCCGGAGAGCAUCCGGGCGACGGGGAACCAUAUGUUUGUCAGGUUCAGAACCGACUGGUCAGUGCAAAAGGACGGAUUCAGGGCUACUUACUAUGAGACUUUCGGUCCGGCUCAGGGAUGUGGCGGAGUGUUAAGACAGCCGAGUGGACAGAUCAGGUCUCUAGACGCUGACGGUGACGGGCGCUAUGAGAGCAACCUCAACUGCGAGUGGCUUAUCUAUGUUGGACGGAGCCACCAAGGACUCGCCAGGUCUGGGUAUAUUCUGCGGCAGCACCGUGCCUUCCCCUCUCACAUCCUCCGGCAAUGUGAUCCUGGUAGUGUUCAAGUCUGACUUUAGCUACAGCGGGGCUGGGUUCAACGCUUCAUUCAGCGAGAGCAACAGACUGUGCGGAGGAUUCCUCAACGCCACCAGUGAGCCACAGACCAUCCAGUCUCCCAACUACCCGAAUCCCAUGGGCACACAACUGCGUUGUACCUGGGUCCUGGACGGUGGCUCCGAGCACGUCUACGACUUCGUCAAGGUCACCGUCACCGACCUACAGCUAGCAGCUGAAUCCUCUUGCCGGGACGAGUACCUCAUGAUAACGGACACGCCUAUGGACUCACAGGCCCAUACCUACCACUACUGCGGCACCACCAUCCCUCGACCUUUCAUCUCGCGCAAGAACCAGGCGUCUGUCAUCUACUCCUUGCCCGCGGGCUCCUCUAGCAGUGGCUUCAGCCUCACCUACGAGACGACCAGUUGCAACCAGAACUACAGUACAGGCGACAACGGCCGCAUCACCAGUCCCUGGUACCCCGGCUCUUACCGCUUCAGCUCUGACUGUCGCAGCACGGUGGAGACUCCAGAGGGAACGACCUUGACCCUGUACUUCGCAAAGUUCUACCUGGAGCGCCAUAGCCGUUGCCGAUACGACAGUUUGACGAUCUAUAACAACACCAACUUCGAAGUGGCGAAGCUGUGCGGCAAUUACCUCCCUGACCCCAUCUUCCUCUCCGACAACAAGGCCACCCUCAGGCUCCGCACAGACUCCUCGGUGCAGUACUUAGGCUACGACAUCACUUAUGUGGCCUCCACUCAAGGAAGCCGUGUCGAACCGUAUGUUCAAUGAACCCAUCCUUGUGCGCCUUGUGGUGCAUCCCGACGAACCGGCCCCGAUCUUCCGACUCUUCUUCUACGACACUUCCUACCCCGUCACCUACUAGAGCACAUCAGGUGUCGAACUCAAGGCCGCCCGUGGGGACAGGGCUUCUGGAAUUGGCCGGGAGAACAAAUUUAACUCUUUCACUACCACAAGCUUUGUUUCGCGGCCCAUAUAAAUAACCCCCCGCGCCGGACAGCACGUCUUGUUUCACGGCUCUCCACAUUCUGUCUCAAAACCUCACCUACUUUUGUAAUAAUUGAAUCUGAAAUCUCAGGCUGAGGCUGACAAAUUAUUGUUUUUAGCUACCUGUUGUGAUAGGUCAUUAUUUUCCCUUUAUUUCGGAAUGUAACACAUCAUGUGGCUAAUGUUGAAAAUUGAGCGGAAAAAUUUUUUAAUUUGUCCGAGGGUAGACAGAAUCAGAACGUAGGUCACAGAUAGGGCCCGGUCCAGGUGAGGAAACCCCCCCCCCCCCCCCAGUACUGAAAGAGUUAAUCUGGCAUCCGGCCCACGAGAGAAUUUUAGGUUGUCCAUCUUGAGAUUCUUCAAAGAUCCACUCCAAAACAUUAAAUUUUAAUUUGAGGCGUGCUGACAAAAUGAGUUUUAGUUCUUGGAUUUUAGCCCCCUACGGAAAUAGCUAUGUUAAAUUUAUAGGUUGAGUUUGUAUAAAAUGAUUUAUUAGUUUGUAAUAAUAAAAGACGUGGUUAAUUUGAAAAAAGGUGUACAAGUUGAAAAUGUACUAAUUGAGCCCUGUGUCCAUUUUCGGCAAUACAAACUUGUUACCAAGAAAGGAAGCCAAUCAUCCUGCUCAGACACAAAAUAUAGUUAUUAUUAUUCGCAUAAGAUCUAAAGAGCGAAAAAAUGUUUUGCCUUGAUAUUGUAAUGUUUUAAACUUUGAUCUGUUUCAAUUCAUAAUAUCAUUGAUUUUAAAUUAAAGAAAGGCUUAGUUUUCUACUUGACUUCUCAUUGAGAGUUUAUCUAUUUCAGAUCGCCACCUUAAG